UGUAAUAUUGUAUAACCUUAAGUUAUUACUUCUCAUUGUCUAAAAUACUCGUUUUAAAAUAUUAAAUAUGACACGUUUAGCUAUUGUAACUGGUGGAAAUAAAGGGAUUGGAUUUGCUAUUGUAAAACAACUUUGUAAACAAUUUGAUGGGGUGGUAUAUUUAACAGCUCGUGAUGUUACACGUGGAUUGAAUGCUAUUAAACAGCUUGAAGAGAAAAAUUUGAAACCAAAAUUUCAUCAACUUGAUGUUAGUGAUGAAAAUAGCAUUUCAACUUUUCGUGAUUAUAUAGAAAAAAAUUACGAAGGAAUUGAUAUAUUAGUUAAUAAUGCUGCUAUUGCAUUUAAGAUGGCCGCAUCAGAACCAUUUUCUGUACAAGCUGAAGAGACUCUAAAAAUAAAUUACUUUAGUUUAAGAAAAGUAUGCAGCAAACUUUAUCCACUACUGAAACCACAUGCACGUGUAGUACAUUUAUCAAGUUCCUGUGGUCGUUUAUCGCUUAUUCCUAGUAAAGAAUUAAGAGAAAGAUUUACAGAUCCAAAUCUUACAGAAGAAGAACUGGACAAAAUCAUGCAUGAAUUUGUCAAUGCUGCAAAAGCAAACAAACAUUUAGAGAAUGGAUGGUCAAAUUCUGCUUAUGUUGCAAGUAAAGUAGGAGUAUCUGCUUUAGCUAGAGUUCAUCAAAAGAUGUUUAAUUCAGAUUCUAGAGAAGAUCUGGUAGUAAAUUCUGUACACCCUGGCUAUGUAGCUACUGAUAUGAGUAGUUACAAAGGUAAUUUGACACCAGAUCAAGGUGCUGAAGCUCCUGUUUUCUGUGCAUUACUACCAGAGAAUACAGAUAUAAAGGGUAAAUAUAUUUGGUAUGACAAGACAUUAGUGGAGUGGACAAAAGAUGAAUAA